CGGGGACGAGCUCCGCGACGUGAUUGUUCAGGGCUGACUCCCCCACCCCGCGUCGUCCUCCUCCGCCGCCGCCGCCGCCUUCACAUUCCGGGCCCUUCCAGCCGCCACCCUCGCCCAGGCCCGGGUGACUAAACGGAGACAAAGGGGAGGUGGCUCCGGAGGGGCGCGGACCGGCGGACGGACCGAAGGACGGGCGGACAGACGGCGACGCUUCCUCCCUUAUGCCCCCGGGCAGCCACCGGUUUGCGGCGCCCGCUGGGAGCUUCCCCGAGCCCGGCGCCCGGACUGGCCUGGCCCGGCCCUGAUGGUUUGAGCUCGGCUCUCCUCCCCUCCCGACCCCGGUGGCGGCGGCGAGGACACACCAUGUGAAGGUUGGCGUCCCGCCAUCCCGAGGAGCAGCCGUGAAAAAAAAUAAAGAUGGGGGAUGCUGCAGACCCCAGGGAGAUGAGAAAGACGUUCAUUGUUCCAGCCAUCAAACCCUUUGACCACUAUGAUUUCUCCAGGGCCAAAAUCGCCUGCAAUCUGGCUUGGCUGGUGGCCAAAGCCUUUGGGACAGAAAAUGUACCAGAGGAACUUCGAGAACCAUUUUACACAGAUCAGUAUGACCAAGAACACAUCAAGCCACCUGUUGUCAAUUUGCUUCUGUCGGCUGAACUGUACUGUCGGGCAGGGAGUCUCAUCCUUAAGAGCGAUGCUGCAAAACCACUUUUGGGCCAUGAUGCUGUCAUCCAGGCUUUAGCACAGAAAGGUCUUUAUGUCACUGACCAGGAAAAGUUGGUCACUGAACGAGAUCUCCACAAGAAACCCAUACAGAUGAGUGCUCAUUUGGCCAUGAUAGAUACCCUAAUGAUGGCUUAUACUGUAGAGAUGGUCAGCGUAGAAAAAGUUAUUGCGUGUGCUCAACAGUAUUCAGCAUUUUUUCAAGCUACAGAUCUGCCCUAUGAUAUUGAAGAUGCUGUCAUGUACUGGAUGAAUAAGGUAAAUGAGCAUUUGAAAGACAUAAUGGAACAAGAACAAAAACUGAAAGAACAUCAUGCAGCUGAAGCACCAGGAGGUCAAAAGUCUCCUUCCAAAUGGUUUUGGAAACUGGUUCCAGCUCGUUAUAGGAAAGAGCAAACAUUGCUUAAACAACUGCCUUGCAUUCCAUUGGUAGAAAAUUUGUUGAAAGAUGGUACAGAUGGCUGUGCAUUAGCUGCCCUUAUUCAUUUUUAUUGCCCUGAUGUUGUCAGAUUGGAGGAUAUUUGUUUGAAAGAAACUAUGUCCUUGGCCGAUAGUCUGUAUAAUCUGCAGCUGAUUCAGGAAUUUUGCCAAGAAUACUUGAAUCAGUGUUGCCAUUUCACCCUAGAAGAUAUGCUGUAUGCUCCUUCUUCCAUAAAGAGUAAUUAUUUGGUGUUCAUGGCAGAGCUCUUCUGGUGGUUUGAAGUUGUGAAGCCAUCAUUUGUACAGCCUCGUGUUGUUCGUCCGCAAGGAGCUGAGCCUGUGAAAGAUACGCCAUCAGUUCCUGUCCUGAAUGCUGCUAAAAGAAACAUCUCAGCUAGUUCAUCUAGUUCUGACUUCACUUCCAGAUAUUCACGUCCCCAAACUCCUUCUUCAGCUUCAGGAGGGAUUAGAAGGUCUUCAUCUAUGUCUUAUGUUGAUGGCUUCAUUGGAACAUGGCCCAAAGAGAAAAGAUCAUCGGUUCAUGGCGUUUCAUUUGAUAUUUCUUUUGAUAAGGAAGAUAUUGCACCAAGAUCCACUUCAAACCGAGGAAUCAUUCGUUCUAUUAGUAAUGAAGGACUUACUCUGAACAACAGUCGUGCAUCUAAACACAUUAGAAAAAAUUUGUCCUUCAAGCCGGUAAAUGGGGAAGAGGAGGAAAGCAUUGAAGAAGAACUUAAUGUUGAUCCUCACAGUGACCUCAAAUCUUACCUGCCUCUUAACACCCAUGAACUGAAUUCAAACGAGAAUGUUCAUUACAAGCUUCCAAAUGGGGCUCUACAAAAUAGAGUACUGCUAGAUGAGUUUGGCAAUCAGCUCGAGACACCAAGCAUUGAAGAAGCUUUACAAAUAAUUCAUGAUACUGAAAAGUCUCCUCAUACACCUCGGCCAGACCAAAUUGCUAAUGGCUUCUUCCUUCAUAGCCAGGAACUGAGUAUCCUAAAUUCAAAUAUCAAGCUAGGUCAAUCUAGUCCUGAUAAUAUAACUGAUACUAAAGGUGCCUUGAGUCCUAUAACUGACACUACAGAAGUUGACACUGGAAUUCAUGUUCCUUCUGAAGACAUUCCAGAAACAAUGGAUGAGGACUCUUCCUUAAGAGACUAUACUGUAAGCUUAGACUCUGACAUGGAUGAUGCAUCUAAAUUUCUUCAAGACUAUGAUGUAAGAUCCAGCAACCCCAGAGAAGCUUUGAGUCCUUGUCCAAGUACCAUAAGUACCAAGUCUCAGCCAGGUAGUAGUGCUUCUUCUAGUUCUGGGGUUAAAAUGACCAGCUUUGCUGAACAGAAGUUCAGGAAACUGAAUCAUACUGAUGGGAAAAGUAGUGGAAGCAGUUCUCAAAAAACUACCCCAGAGGGCUCUGAACUUAAUAUUCCUCAUGUGGUUGCUUGGGCACAAAUUCCAGAAGAAACAGGCAUUGCCCAGGGACGGGACACUACACAGCUGUUGGCUUCUGAAAUGGUACACCUUAGGAUGAAGCUAGAAGAAAAGAGGCGUGCUAUAGAAGCCCAGAAAAAAAAAAUGGAAGCUGCUUUUACUAAACAGAGGCAGAAAAUGGGAAGAACAGCAUUCCUAACCGUAGUGAAAAAGAAAGGAGAUGGGAUUUCCCCACUGAGAGAGGAAGCAGCUGGUGCAGAAGAUGAGAAAGUAUACACUGAUCAAGUGAAAGAAAAGGAAUCACAAAAAGCUGAUGGACAAAGGAGUAAGUCUCUGGCAGAUAUAAAAGAAAGCAUGGAGAAUCCUCAGACCAGGUGGCUGAAGUCUCCAACCACUCCCACUGAUCCUGAGAAGCAGUGGAACCUGGCAAGCCCCUCAGAAGAGACUUUAAACGAAGGAGAAAUUUUAGAAUAUACAAAGUCCAUUGAAAAGUUAAAUUCUUCCUUGCAUUUCCUGCAACAAGAAAUGCAACGCUUGUCCCUUCAGCAGGAAAUGUUAAUGCAGAUGAGAGAGCAGCAGUCUUGGGUGAUUUCACCUCCACAACCCUCUCCACAGAAGCAGAUUCGCGAUUUCAAGCCUAGGCAGGCAGGCCUGUCAUCCACUGUUGCACCAUUCUCCUCAGAUUCCCCACGACCUACUCAUCCAUCUCCACAGUCUUCUAACAGGAGGAGCACAUCUUUUUCUGUUAAAAAUCAGAGGACUCCUAGGCCAAAUGAAUUAAAAAUAACACCUUUGAAUCGAACCCUGACACCCCCUCGAUCUGUGGAUAGUCUUCCUCGCCUGAGGAGGUUUUCACCAAGUCAGGUUCCCAUUCAGACACGAUCAUUUGUAUGUUUUGGGGAUGAUGGAGAGCCUCAAUUAAAGGAAUCUAAGCCCAAGGAGGAGGCUAAAAAGGAGGAGUUGGAGUGCAAAGGGAGUUUGGAACCACAUGGACCUAAUCCUGAGCAAAAGGAGAUGAAACCUCUUGAGUCAACAGUUUCUGAAGUCCUAUCACAGCCUAUCACAGAGACUGUGUGUCUGACUCCAAAUGAGGACCAGUUGAGUCAACCCACAGACCCGCCACCUAAACCCAUUUUCCCACCUACUGCUCCUAAAAGUGUUAACCUGAUUGAAGUUUCUCUGUCAGAUUUGAAGCCCCCUGAAAAGGCUGAUGUAUCUAUUGAAAAAUAUGGUGGGGAAAGUGAUAAGGAACAAUUCGAUGACGAGCAGAAAGUAUGCUGUGGAUUCUUCUUUAAGGAUGAUCAAAAGGCAGAAAAUGAUAUGGCAAUGAAACGAGCAGCUCUGUUAGAGAAACGACUAAGAAGGGAAAAAGAAACUCAGCUUCGGAAACAGCAGCUGGAAGCAGAAAUGGAGCAUAAAAAAGAGGAGACGAGACGCAAGACUGAGGAAGAACGUCAGAAGAAAGAAGAUGAGAAAGCACGCAGAGAAUUUAUUAGGCAAGAAUAUAUGAGGCGAAAACAACUGAAGCUAAUGGAAGACAUGGAUACAGUAAUUAAACCUCGUCCUCAGAUGGCAAAACAGAAAAAACAACGACCAAAAUCUAUUCACAGAGACCAUAUUGAAUCCCCUAAAACACCAAUAAAAGGUCCUCCAGGAUCACGAAUUUAUCGUGUUUUUUCAGUCUCUAGCCUCUCUUUGGCAUCGCUGAACACAGGAGAUAAUGAGAGUGUUCAUUCAGGCAAGAGAACACCAAGGUCAGAGUCUGUAGAAGGCUUCUUGUCUCCAAGUCGCUGUGGCAGUCGAAAUGGAGAAAAAGACUGGGAAAAUGCAUCAACAACUUCUUCAGUGGCUUCUGGAACAGAAUAUACAGGACCAAAGCUCUACAAAGAACCUAGUGCGAAAUCCAAUAAGCACAUAAUACAGAAUGCUCUAGCUCAUUGCUGUUUGGCAGGAAAAGUAAAUGAAGGUCAAAAGAAAAAAAUAUUAGAGGAAAUGGAGAAGUCAGAUGCCAACAACUUCUUAAUCUUGUUCCGGGAUUCAGGCUGCCAGUUCAGGUCUUUGUAUACUUACUGCCCAGAAACUGAAGAAAUUAAUAAGCUGACUGGGAUAGGCCCUAAAUCUAUCACUAAAAAAAUGAUUGAGGGACUUUAUAAAUAUAAUUCUGACAGGAAACAGUUUAGCCACAUACCUGCUAAAACUUUAUCUGCCAGUGUUGAUGCCAUUACCAUUCAUAGCCAUUUAUGGCAGACCAAAAGACCAGUAACACCCAAAAAACUCUUACCCACUAAAGCAUAAGAGGUGGGAAAUGUUUGCUUCAGAACACUCAUAAAUUUGCACUGCAUCUUUCCUGCCUAUAGAAAAUCUUUGUAAUUGCCAACAAGACUUUUAUUCAUUAAAACUGGACAGUGACUCUGUUGUCAGGAACAACUGGAAUGUAAACCACAGUAUUUUGGAAUGCAAAAGAUUCUUCGCACUUAGAUAAUAAGUCCAAGUGAUGAAGGAAAUGUUUAAUUCCCAAAUGGAGGCUUGUACACCAGAUUUCAACUGCCUGGUAUUGAAGAUGUUGAAGCACUGAAUUCUCAUGGAUGCAGUGGGACAUAUGGUUGAAAUAUGGCUAGACUACAAAUUAUGUGUUGUAUUUGUUCUUUUUUUUAACCCUUUUACUGGACAUGCUUGUCUUCAGAUGUUUAUUUUGUUACUUUUCUCUCCUGGGGGUUUAUUCGAAUAUGCCUUUGUAUUUUGUUUCAUGUGGAGAUUAUGAAAAUAGGAAGUAUACCUUCAGAAGUAACUCGCACCUUUCUUAUGUGUUGAGAGAAACACUAAUGUUACAUUUAACAGUAUGUUUUAUGUUUUAAUGGUGUUACAGCAUUUGCAAGAAUCCUAGGUAUUUACAAUUCUGUAUUUAUUCACUCAAGUAUUAACAUUUCUCUAUUAAAUAAGAGGAGGUAUUAUUGUAAAGAGCUGCUAAUAGGUUCGCUUUAAAACACAUGAGCUUAACCAAGAAUAUCUUCUGAGAAGUCACUGAUUAAAUCAGUGCUGUUUUUACACCACUUCUGGCCAACUCAGAAUAACUUAUUCUUUUAACAAAAACAAAAGCUUUCUAUCUCUUUUAAAGUAAGUCACUUUAUAAGCUGGCAGGAGUGAAUGACACUUUGAGAGUAGUCCUUCAGUAUGAAGAUGUAAGACUUCCUGAACAAGUUCUUAUGGGGUCUUUACAUUAUAUUUAUAACUGGUAUAAAAUUAUAUUUAGAAUUUUUAAACAUGUACAAAGGGCUACAUUUUAAUUUUAAAGUAGCUCUAUGUUAUUUUACUUAUAUUGAGUUUUUCUUUUUAAUCCUUUUCAAGUGGAACAACUUAGAUUAAGGAUGCACUUGAAAUUUCCUCUACAUGAUUUUGUUGUUUAGCAGUGUAUACCAGAGGGUUAGUUGGGGGGAAACUUCAUUCUCAGGAAAAGACUUGAAUGAUUAUGUGACCCUGUUAUGUUUCAGUGUUGUGACAACUGUGUAAACUGAGGGGGAAACACAUUGUAUCAUAAACAAGACACAUAGUUUGUUUUUCUUUCUUGGGUGUAAGAUGAAAAAAAAAAUACAUUUCUCUAAUUGAGUUGUGUGUAGAGAGAGAACUAAUGUCUCCUAUGAUGUAUUUACUUAUUUAAAAAGAAAGAAUAGGAAUGAGAGGUCCCUGAGCUGUACUUUUCUAUUAUUAUAAGGCCUUUAGGCAUCAGUGCACCUGGGUUUUCAACAUUUUCUCAAAUGCUGUCAAUAUUUUACUGUAAUUUAUGUUCUUAUAUUUAUGUAUAUUUGUUAAAACUGUAAAAAAUUUUCACAGAUUUUUUUCCCAAUACCUGUACAAGAUAUAUGUGUAGCUCAAGAAUAUCUGUGGCCUACUGCUUGCAUGUGAGACCAGGACAUGUAGCACUUAUAUUGUAAGUGAUACAUAUUUUGUAUAUAAUAAUUGAAGGUGAAAAAUGGGGACCUGCACAUUUUACCUUUCAGACAACAAUUUAUUACAAUUAGAAGGUAAUCAUCAUCAAAUACAUAUUUAGGAUAAUCCUAGUUUAAAAGUUCUAAGCAAACCUGAUUAAAAUGAGGUAAAUAAUAGACAAAAUAAUUACAUUUUACAUGAUAAAUUUAUUCUUUUAAGCCAAUUAGGUUUCUCUUAAUCAAAGCAGCCUUCUUGAUAUCACUUGGGUAUUAAAUCAAGAAAAACUUCUAUGCAGAUAAUGGAAGAACUAUUUAACACUAGCCAGGACUGUCUUUGAUUCCUAGAUUUUUAUGUGUCCAGCAAUUGAACUGAAUGUCUGCACUGUCUAAAGGUAGAAUGUGAGUAUUGCCACAAAAUUUAUUGCUCUCAGUAUAAGGUUUUACUUUAUUAAUGCAGAAAGAAUACAGAUAUAUUUCUUUAGCCUGCAGAUUUUUUAUUAUGGUGCAGCUUUUUAAAUUAUGUUUUAAAAUUAUACAAAUGCAAACUAGGUCAUUUCAUAAAGCUUGGAGAUUUCUGUCAAGCAUAGUGAAACACACUGGUGCUUUCAUUGUUGAAGGUUGGAUUACCAUGGAAAUCAUUCAGUUAAAUUUGCCAAACACUUGUCAUGAUUGCCAGAGUAGCCUGUCAGAUUCUACAGAAUUACUCUUGGUUUUUCAGUUUUGUUUUAGAAGGACUGUUACAGUUUUUACUUGGCUGUGUAAAGCCAAAGUUGGUCAUUUCCUUAUGACUCUAAGGACACUGUUGGGCAAUGUACAGUGUGUGCUGUGUUUACCUGUCCACUCUAGAGCAUUGCAAAAGAUGCUGUUCUGUAAGAUACUGUCAGACUUGCUUCUUCCUGAUGCAGUGUAGUUUUUCCCCUCUCAUUUGAAUAAAAGCAUGGCACCAAAUGA